AUGAUUCGGAGAUUGGUCAAGGGUUUCGCCAAGGAUCUGCGCGGUCAGGAUUUCGCGGAGGACUUCUGGGCGAUGAGCGCGCUGCAGGACUGCGAGGAGCAGUUGUACGGCAUCGAGUCGGGCAUGGACAAGCACUUCAAGAAGAUGCCGGAGGACAACGUCACGCUCGACAAGGUCAAGUCCUGGUUGAUGGACCUCCACAUUCUUGGUGGACAUAUGUCCAAAACCAACAUGAGGGCGAUGCUCCAGAGACGCGGGUGCCCAAGUUGGCAGCAGGCGCUCGUGGGCGAGCUGAUUUGCGAUGCCUGCGCCGAGACCCAGGACACGCAGCACCAGCUGGAGGUGCACCACAGGAAGCUGUUCGCGGUGCUCUACAUGGACGCGGCCUGCAAGUUGGCAGUUCGCAGCGUCUUCACGGAGGUGGAAGCCAAGGGCACGAAGGCGUACUUCGAGCUGUCUGGCGCCCAGGUGUUGUCGGCGUUCCUGGAGGAUUGGUGGCAGCGCAAGCCGCGGUGCCAGUUCCUGAUCUCGGACCCGGGCGGCGGCUUCGUGAGCAACCAGUUGCGCGAGUGGUGUGGCAAGAACGCCGUGGGCAUCAUCCAGAGCCCGGGCGAGUUCCAUGGUCAGACGGCCGACCUGGAGAUUCUUAUCAGGCAGAUCAAGAAGACCGCUCGACGCAUCUCCUUGGACGAGCCGACGCUAUCGUUGGCCGACUGUGUGUCGCUGGCCUGCGCCGUUCACAACAACCAGCACAAGGCGUCAGGCUACACACCAGUCCAGUGGGCGCACGGUACCAACCACCAGGGCUACCAGUUCGCGGAGGAGCAGGCUCGUUCAGUGGCGACUCGGCUUCGGCACUCCAUGAGGCAGAAGCUUCUCUCGAUUGAGAUCGGCGACUGGAUCAUGUACUUCUGCCGUGGCAAGAACACUGGAGCUCGAGGUUCGUGGCCUGGACCGGCGAGAGUUUUGGCCAUCGAGCCGAAGGUCAACCUCCAGCGUGAACGUGCCGACGAGUCCGCUUCGAUCGAGGACGAGAUUUCGGUGGUGUGGAUCGUGCACGGCACGAGGCUUAUUCGGUGUCAUCCCACGCAGCUGAGGUCGAGCAGUCAGCGCGAGGUGGUCGUGGCAUCGCUCGAGGGUAACAUCGACAGGGACUCGCUGACCAACGUGAACAUUCUCUAUUUCGUGAUGGUGCUCAGGCUGGAGACGACGGUGCAAACCUUCAUCCAGUUCCUCGAGAUGUUCCUCCAGAUUUGUCUCGAGUACCAGUUCCAGAGGCGGGUCCGGUUGAGGUACCAGGCAUCUCCCUACGACGCGCUCUAUGGACCAGAAUUGACGUCGGCGGCACCAGAGGAAAUCACCAGUGGCCCUGCAGGUGCUCUGAUUGGCGAUGAAGCCGCGGUAGGUCCCCGAGAGGGUAGCCCGGCAGAGCCUCUUGGGGUGGGACCCGACUCUGCGGACGGGCCGGUCGCAGAGGGUUUCGCGGGAAACCAGGAUCCUGCCGGGGAGGCCCCCACUGGUGAAGCAGACGAACGUGACAAAGAGGAGCCAGAGGCCAAGCGCAUCAAGCUCGGAGUGAUGGAUUUCAUGACGCGCGACUUCGAGGACGAGGUCAAGUACCUGAAGGCCUGGGACAACUUCAACAACCAGUCCGUGGCCUACCUGGAGGACAUGACCAUCGAGCGCGAAGUGAUCGAGGUCGCGACCGAUUUCACUGACAUCGGAGCCUUUCUUCAAGACUCUACGGUCUGGCUCUCCAAGAGGCUUGGCGACGGCAAGGCGACAGAGGUCACCUACUCCAAGCUGGCGCCAGGGCAGCAGCUCGAGUUCGACAAGGCGAUGUGCAAGGAGAUCAGCCAGGUCAUCGCGACCAAGGUCUUGAAGCGGAUCGCUCAGGAGGAGCUCGCCGAGAUCGACGAGUCGCGGUUGCUCAAGAUGCGCUCGGUCCUCACCUACAAGUGCCAGGAGGGUGGCGCACGCAAGCCGAAGGCUCGGCUAGUCAUUCUGGGCUACCAGCACCCGAGUCUGACGGAGCUCUCUACGGCGGCGCCUACGCUGGGGAAGCUGGCUCGCAACAUGCUGUUCCAGGUGUGCGCGCAGCACAAGUUCAAGCUCAAGUUCGGCGACGUCAGCUCGGCUUUCCUCCAGACCGACGCGAGCGAGGAGUUCGAGAGUCUGAACGUGAAGGUUCCUACGGAAGUGGCUCAUUUUUUCCUGAUGAGCUGGGGUUGGCGACAACUACGUGCCGACCAGUGCGUGUGGAUCAUGCUGGAUUCCAGCAACCAGCUGAAGGGCAUCAUCGGCGUCCACGUGGAUGACUUCAUCAUCGGUGGCGACGAGACGUCGAAGCUGUACAGGGACGCGGAGAGGGCCAUCAGGGCCCUCUACAGAUGGGGCGCGUCGACUUCCUGCCAGGCCGAGUUCAGUAGACUACGCGUUCGCCAGUUCAAGGAUUUCUCGAUCACGCUGGACCUCUACGACUACACGAACAAGUUCAUCACGGAGGCCGAGAUCGACGCCGACCGCAAGAAGCAGGCUCAUCUACCUUUCGAGCCGAAAGAGAUCUCACUGCUUCGUGGAGUACUGGGUAUGGCCAGUUGGAGGGCACAGCAAGUGUCCCCACAGUAUGCGGUGGACGUUGGGCUUGCAUUGUCUCAAGUCAACAACGCCAAGAUCAGCGACUUGGUGAAUGCCAACAAGCUUGUCAAGGACAUGCGUAAAUCGGCGUCGCAGGUGAUCAAGUUCCACCGGUUCGAGAACUACGAUUGGCACGAGUUGUGGAUGGUGCAGUGGGCGGACGCUAGCGACAAGCUCAGGCCCGACGGCAGCAAGACUGGUGGGCUGGUGACAGGCCUCUCGACUCCGGAUUUCGCGACUGGCAGCAUGGCAAACGUUUCGAUACUUGGAUGGAGAUCUUUCAAGCUACCUCGCAAGAUUUCGGGCUCCAACAACAACGAGACGCAGUCGACCGCGUUCGGCGACGAGAUGUUGUGGUUAUCUCGACUGAUGUGGGCAGAACUUCAUGGAGUCGAACCGACCCGUUGGAAGUUGGACGACGCUGUCAAGACCGUGCCAGGCAUGCUCAUCACAGAUUCGCGCGGCAUCUACGACGCGAUCUUGAAGUCGGAGUCUCCCCAGUUGGGCAUGCGCAGCUUCAAAUCAGGCGAGGAGGCCAGAGGCAUCGAGUUGCAGAUCUUGCGCACGGACGUGUCUUUCAGAUGGGUGAACGGUUUGGCCAUGCUGGCAGAUAGCCUGACGAAGCCGGGAUAUCUGGCUCGACAUGUGAUGGAGGAGUUUUUGGCCACGCAGCGCUGGAAGUGUACGUUUGACGAGAUGUUCCAGAGUGGACGUCGGAGGCAGCGCGACGGCAAGGGCGCUUUCGCAGACGCGCCCGAGGAGGCCGACAGUGGCUGUAUGGAAGGCUUUUUGGAUCCUUUGGAGUCGUUGUGCGACGAUGCCUUUCUUUCUGAUUCGACUCGAAGCCUUAUGCGGUCUCGGUGCAUGUAG